UGAAAGCCGCGGGAGGCUGUAGUAGUAUCCCACCACCGGCGUCUCCAAAACCCAGGCUUUAGGGCGCACUGGGAGUCGCGGCACGUUGAAUUUGGACCAGUUGAGAAAGUUCAGCGGCGGUAUACAAUGGUUAUAAAUGGGUCUCACCUGAACAGCUCGUCGGAAGACCCAACUGACACCGUCCUGAACCGCCCGCCGUGGGUUACCACAACUUUGGGAUGCUUCCUCAUCUUCACUAUCGUCGUUGACAUCCUGGGCAACCUCUUGGUCAUCUUCUCCGUGUAUCGGAACAAGAAGCUGAGGAACGCAGGGAACAUCUUUGUAGUGAGCCUGGCAGUGGCAGACCUCGUGGUGGCCAUCUACCCGUACCCUCUCGUCCUCUCUUCCAUCUUCCACAAUGGCUGGAACCUGGGGUACGCCCACUGUCAGAUCAGCGGCUUCCUCAUGGGCGUCAGCGUCAUCGGUUCCAUCUUCAACAUCACUGGCAUCGCCAUCAACAGAUACUGUUACAUCUGCCACAGCCUCAAAUAUGAUAAACUGUACAGUGACAAAAACUCAGUGUGCUAUGUGAUGCUCAUCUGGGCGCUGACUGUGGUGGCCAUCGUGCCAAACCUGUUCGUGGGUUCACUUCAGUAUGACCCACGGGUUUACUCAUGCACCUUUGAACAGUCUGCCAGUUCAGCGUACACUAUCGCUGUGGUCUUCUUUCACUUUAUUUUACCCAUCAUGAUUGUCACUUACUGCUACCUGCGUAUUUGGAUACUGGUCAUACAGGUGAGGAGGAGGGUCAAGCCAGACAAUCGUCCCAAGAUAACACCACAUGACGUUAGAAACUUUGUCACCAUGUUCGUGGUGUUCGUGCUCUUUGCUGUUUGCUGGGCGCCACUUAACUUCAUCGGCUUGGCUGUAGCGAUCAAACCAGAGGUGGUGAUCCCACUCAUCCCUGAGUGGUUAUUCGUGUCCAGCUACUUCAUGGCCUACUUCAACAGCUGCCUUAACGCCAUUGUGUACGGUGUGCUGAACCAGAACUUCCGGCGUGAGUACAAGCGCAUUGUAGUGUCGGUGUGCACGGCACGCAUCUUUUUCCAGGAUAGCUCCAACGAUGCCGGAGAGAGACUGAAGAGUAAACCAUCGCCACUUAUGACCAACAAUAACCAGGUCAAGGUGGACUCUGUCUGAACUGAAACUGUCUGAAGAGUUAAAAAAAAAAAAAAACUGAGUGAGGAGAAUAACCAAAUAUAAAUAUAAAAGCUUCUAUCCACUGAGCUGUCCACAGACUGUCAUACGGUGCUACCUGGCCUCUGAACAAUCACAGUAAGAUCAGAGGAGCAUAUUAUCUUGUCUUUUAUCAAGCACUUUGGUUUGACUCUGCAGUACCUGUAGUACAGUAAAUAUAUGAUGUCUGUUUUGUUUUCAUGUUUACAGUGAUUAUAUCAAUGUAUCAUGCAUUAUAUAAGUAUUUAUUUUGUAUGAAAUGUCAUGUAGAUCUAUAGUAAGAUACUAUAUCAGGUUCCAGUUAAAUGAAGACACAUUUUAUCAGGCCUAUAAAACGUCUCUGCAAAACUUGGUUGAAAAUAUAUCCAGAAGUUUAUGACGAAGUCAACCAAUUUUAUUAACCUCAUUUGUGACACUGUAACACUAAUUGAGUGCAAGCAAUGUGGGUUGCUGCUGUCUUAUUAUACCCUGCAAUACAUUAGGUGGAAUAUAUAUUUUACUCUCUCUCUCUCUUUCUCUCUCUCUCUCAGCCACCUCGUGAGCUCAUUAUACUGUAUGC